AUGGCUGUUUGGUCUCUGAUCACUGUCCUCUUGGUAUGCUUCUCUUGCAAGCCCUUAGCCGCUUCGUUCAACUACAAGCUGCGUUAUGCAUCGACCACGGUGUGCAAACCGGAGUUGUAUGAUGUGGAGAACAUCUUUGGUUAUGGCAACAUCUUUGUCGACUUUAUGCUCCCGCUUAUGCCGAUGCCGUUGCUUUGGAAGCUGCAUAUGACCAGAGCAAAGAAGAUUGGCGUUUCGAUCGUCUUUGCCAACGGUGGUGUUCCGCUGAUCAAAGGCAGCAUUGCAGCUAUUGCCAUCGUAAGACAGUACAUACUCUACACCUCGCCUGACGCCGCAGGCCCUAGCUGGGAUAUCGUACAGAUCAAAGACUGGAUGUAA